AUGAGGCUCUGUUCACUAAUUCUCCUAUUCAUUCUACCCACAAAUCACCAAAUCGAUGCUCAAUUCGCGAGUCGAGAUUUCCUCUACCAACAGAAUCCACAGAUCCGAAGUGACUAUUAUCUAGCCGAGACGCAAGACCCAGUGGAUGCCCGUUUUCGUGUGCUCGAAUCACAAGUGCAAGCGUUAACGAAACGAGUUACAACUCUUGAAGUCCAGCUCCGCGAUCUUCAGCUCGCCGUGCACGACGAUUGGACAAAAACCGAUUCGGGCAGCAAAUACAAAAUAUUCGAUACGCAAAAGAAUUGGGAUGAGGCCAUGAGCACUUGUAAAUCGUAUAACGCGCAUUUAGCCAUGAUCAACAAUGAGGAUAAGAAUAAUUUCCUUAGAGAAUUGAUGCGAAACACCACAAACAAUGUUGAUUUUGCAUGGAUCGGCAUGAGAACGAGGGCAGAGAUGGCCUCCCAGCCAGCCAUCUACAGUAAUUUCGAGUCGAACACACAGGUCUCCGGUUGCGCCGUCAUAGAUCGAUCGGGAAUUUGGGCAAUUCGCAGUUGCACCCAAUUGCGUCCAUUCGUCUGCCAACAAGUCAAUGUCGUC